AUGAUUGAAUGGAAGUUGGAGAAAGACCCUUUCAUGAUUCAAUCAUCAUCGUCUAGUAGUAGUACUAGUGUCGGAGAAGUACGAACAAUCACAUCAUCAGAAACAUUGCUCGAUCGACCAACUAUUGAAUCAACAAUACAAGCGUACAAUUCCAUGAAAGCCUUCCAAGAAAUGGAUUGUCAUCGAAUGAUCAAUAGGAAACAAGUUGAAUUUACACAACAUCAAGAGGAAAUCUUCUCGACACUAUCAUCUACAACCAUGGAUGACUCAUCAUUCAAUAGCGUCAUUACUCCUUCGUCUGAAAUUUUGAGUUUUCAACAAUUGGCAGAUGAUGAGAUGUGUUGCGUGAUGGAUUUCUUGGUCAAUGACAUUCCUACAGUCAUGGCCGUUUCAACUUGCUGCAAACGCUUUCGAUUUCUUGUUCUGGAAAAGCUGAAUUUAGAACAGUUGUAUUUUCACAGAAUUCUAUUGUGUGAUGAGAGUGUUCAUUAUUUAAGAAACAAGUUAUUGAUCCAGGUAUUAUUUAAGAAUAGUUUAGAGUUUAGAAAGUGGUGUGCUGUGACUAAAAGACAAGCUGCUAAAUUGCAUGUAGAUGAUUCAAGCUCAAUAUCAUCUACUACUUUGGAAGUGUCGACAUCUGCAUCUGAUAUCACUCAAGAAAGUCAUGAUGAUUAUCAUACAUUGGAUCACUUGAUUGUAGAAAAGAAGAAUAGUUACAAAAUAUUAUAUUAUAAUUUAUUCUCUAACUGUUUGGAUCUCAUUGUGGAAAAAGCUUCUCAAGAAAUCUGUCACUCAACAGUCACUACUCCUCAGAUAGACAAAUCUAACAUGUAUAAUUUAUUUCAACAACUCACUUAUAGCGUGAUUGAUUUUCAACAAAACGAAAUUACCUUUGAAAGAGAAUUAGCAUGGGGAAUAUCGAAUCAGAACUUGAUUAUUCAAGAUCGACUGAUCAAGACACUCUUUUCUCUUCAUUUACUAACCUUAUUGACGAUUAUUGUAUCUCAAUUUAUCAUGCACGAUCAACUUCUUGAGUCCAUCAUUUUAUUGUUUUUAUUUUCGGUGACCCUUGGUGUCACUUUAACCUUGUGCUGGACCAUUGGCCACUUUCCUCUCUUCUCUUGGUUUUAUUGGUUGUAUCAUGGCUCAUUGGACUUAUUUCACAUCGAAGAACAAUGUAAUCUCAUGACAAACGCAAAUCAAAAUGGUGCCAGCCAUCUGCUCGAGAAGAAGGAGAUUUCAAAACAUGUUUCAACUCUUCACAUGCAUGGAAUUGCAUUAUUGAAACAUUUUCGACUAGCAAGAUCGUAUUUCAUUUAUUACUAUCAUCUCUUAAUGAAAUCUCAAUUGAAGCAAGUAGUACGAGAGUUGUGUAUUAAGAACAAUGUGAAAGAACAAUUUCAAAUGAGGUUUGAGAUGUUGUGUCACAAUGCAUGGUGGAAUUCAUUAAUUGACCUUUCAGAUGACAUUCUCUCGACAAGAUUCUUCAUUUGUGUGUUCGAUAUUGUGCCAGUUCUUGCUUUUUCUCUAUGGCUUGGCAAUUCAUCACUUCACAAGUAUGUCAACCACGAGAUUUUGAAAGCAGUGAGAUUUCUGAUCAUUCACGGAUCUCUUUUGGUUUCAUCUAUUGAGCUCUUUGAUAUUGUUAGAUCUUAUAUUGUGACCAAUAACAACACUUUUAGUGAGUGCUCAAUCAAACUCAGAGAAAGGCGGCAAAAAGCAGAAGAUACCAUAAAAUGGAAAGAAGGAAUAAUCUUGUUCAUCCGACGACCACUGGCCAUGUUUCUAUUGAUGGUGAUUCGGAUUUAUUUUGUAUCUUCUGUUGUCAGCUACACACAAUAA